CCAUCCACCUCCCCUCCGACUCACCUGUCAUCCUUCUGUCAUCGAGAUCUCUCUGUCUGCGUUACGACGAGAAAUCUCUGCAGUCUCCCGCAAGUUAACGACGGUCGAAUAUCCCGGUGAAGAUGAACGACGCCGAUGUCUCGAGUCAGAUCCAGCAGAUGGUGAGGUUCAUUCGCCAAGAGGCGGAGGAGAAGGCCAACGAGAUCUCCGUCUCCGCUGAAGAAGAAUUCAACAUCGAGAAGCUCCAAUUGUUUGAGGCGGAGAAGAAGAAGAUCAGGCAGGAGUUCGAGAAGAAGGAGAAGCAGGUCGAAGUCCGCAAGAAGAUUGAGUACUCUAUGCAGCUGAAUGCCUCCAGGAUUAAAGUUCUUCAAGCACAAGAUGAUAUAGUCAAUGCCAUGAAAGAUAAUGCAUCGGAGGAGCUUCUGAAUGUCAACAGUGAUGAUGAUGCAUACACACAACUUCUCAAAGAUCUGAUUGUUCAGUGUUUGCUUCGGUUGAAAGAACCUUCUGUCUUGUUGCGUUGUCGUGAAGAAGACUUGAGCUUAGUCGAGUCCAUCCUCGAUGAUGCGAAGGAGGAAUACAUUGCUAAAGCCAAUGUUCAUGCUCCAGAGAUCAUUGUAGACAACCAAGUGUACCUUCCACCUCCUCCUAAGCACCAGGACGCUCUUGGUCUCUACUGCUCUGGGGGAGUUGUAUUGGCAUCUCGUGAUGGGAAAAUCGUGUGCGAGAACACACUUGACGCCCGUUUGGAUGUAGCCUUCCGUAAGAAACUUCCGGAGAUCCGUAAGUCGUUGUUCGGCCAAGUUGCUGCCUACUGAGGCAAACCCGGCUCAAAUCCGGUUAGGGUUUUUUCCGGUCAUCCCCUCGCUUUUCACAAACACAAACCGGAAGCCCAAAUCAGAGUCUCUGUCCGAUCAUUCACCGUGUUGGAGUUACCUUAACCUAAUAUGAUUCAUCCGCAUUCGGGAAAUCUUUCUUUCUUUCUUUGCUGGGUAUCUAAUGCUCGGGGAACAAUACCUUAAACUCUUCAGUCGCUCUUUGAUUCGUUUCUCGGUACAUUAUUUCAUGGCUUGUGGAUGUUAUGGGGAGUGGGUAUAGAAAAUGAAUAAAUGAAUGGAAAACUUUGUCUAAACAAAUCUUUACUUUUGUCUUUUUUAU